AUGUUCAAGCUGCUCAUCAUCGGCAACAGCAGCGUGGGCAAGACGUCGUUCCUGUUUCGCUACGCGGACGACUCCUUCACUCCGGCCUUCGACACGGCCGGACAAGAACGGUAUCGGACCAUAACAACUGCGUAUUAUCGUGGUGCCAUGGGCUUUCUCCUCAUGUAUGACAUAACCAACGAAGAGUCCUUCAGCAGUGUUCAGGACUGGAUCACCCAGAUCAAGAACUACUCAUGGGACUAUGCCCAAGUGAUCCUGGUGGGCAACAAGUGUGACAUGGAGCAUGAAAGGGUCGUGAGCACAGAGCGGGGCCAGCAACUGGCAUCCCAGCUAGGCGUGGAGUUCUUUGAGACCUCUGCCAAGGAAAAUAUUCAGGUGAAGGCAGUGUUCGAACGCCUCGUCGACAUAAUCUGCGACAAGAUGUCCGACAGUCUCGACACUGACGCUGGCGGCGGUGGCGGCGGUUUCGGCGCCGGAGGCAGCAAGGGCACUGUGCUAACGGAUGCCAGUGGCGCCGGUGGCGCCGGUGGCAAGGCCUCUUGCUGCUGAUUCCGAAAUUCAUUUAAUUCCCAGUUCAUUCGCCAUUCCAUUCCAGUUUUUCAUUCCGAAAAUUACAGACAAAAACAGAAAUCCGUGGCUUUAUGACACCAGAAAACGCCUCCAAGUGAGAGAUGAAAAAAAAGUUACUAUAGAAUCUCACUCUCGAAUUCCUAAAAUAUAAUGGUUGUCAGAAAAAAAAAACUUCGGGAUUGAAAAAAUGGCUGCCAUUGGAAAAAUGGAAAAAUUUUCCAGAGAAAAGAAGUUCCGAAAAUAAAAUGGAGCAUCAUAAUUAAGGCAGAAUAAAUUAUAUGCCCUUCUUCAAAAUAUAUUUAACAAUAUUUGUAAAAAAAAAUUCAGUCCUGUCACUUUAAUUUUUCUUUCUAAAUAGAAUCAUUUUUUCAUCGCGAUUUAUUCUCGUUCAAAAUAAUUUUUCUACAGAUUAAUCAUCACUAUUAUAUUUUUAUUCCUGUACUUCGUUUUCUUCGACUUUAAUUCUCUCCAUUGGACCUUUUCUCAUGCGUCGUUUUAUGUUAUUUGCAUUUUCCCCCUCAGCCUUUUUUACGGGCGCCGCAAAAUUAACUUCUUGACUUUUUCUUGCCAGUAUUCAACAGUUUGGAAAUUUUAAAAUUGCCAAUUCUUGGAAAAAACCUAUAGUUUCAGAAUAUGCUUCUUCAAAAUCUAGUCAAUUUUUUUUAGAUUCAACAGCUCUGACGGAUAAAAAAAAAGGUACAACAUUUCACUGCUACAAUCUUUUCGAAUAAUAACCACGGGCUUCAAGAAAAAGCCCAUGUGUUAAUGAUGUGUUAAGCUGCUGUUCCAGAAAGAAUAGAGAAUUCUAUAGAUAACCUGGCUGACAGAAAAAAGAGGAAAUACAUAAUUAUUAGGAGAAAAUAAUGAGAUGGGUUCCUAUAUACUUGGUAUAAAGUCUGAAGCGUGGAGAAAAAAAAGUAGGAGCUUUACUCUACGAUUCAUACCCAUGAAAAAGGGAACACCUUUUAUCCUGAUGGGUGCUGAUGAGGCUGAUCAUCAAUAUCUCCUGAAGUUCUGUUCUUUACUCUCUUCUUACUCAAAACUGUGGUGGGAAAAAAAAUACUGUAUAUACAGUAUGUAUAGUCUUGUUUGGAUUUUUGCCUCCGAACUUGCAGGUAUUACUUAUAGACAAGGCGGGUGGGUUAAUUGGACAGGAAAUCCCGCUGAUGAUUCAUGAAUCAACACAGUUUGCUUCCAACAUGGUCCCAAAAGAGAGAGCGAGAGAGAAAAGAAGAAAAACAAAGAAUGUGAAUCGACAUUUUCUAUCUCAUUAUGGUGUUCGAAGAGACAAAAAAAAAGAAAGAAAUGUUUGGCUGAACUCUUUUGGGAGUUUUGCAAAAACGUUAUAUGCACAUGGUUUGCAAAAGAAAAAAAAGCCAAUGUCAUCACACAUCAGGCGGUUUUUGUUGUUGUUGUUUUAGGAACAAAUUUUUCGUUUCGCCAAUUGUACAUGGGUUGAAGAGUUUAUGUAUAUCAACCAAGGGGUGUAUAAUGUUACGAAAAUUCUUCCAGCACUGAAUGCAUUGCAAAUGUUUAAAAUUUUAUUUUGAAAAAUGAUCCAGGAAACUUAAGCGACCCAUCAGUGAAUUGGUCAAAGUUUUUUUUUCAUAAUUUUCAAUAACUCAACGUCUGGAAUUUUAGGUAUACUUCUGAGAUAACCUGAAACCUCUGAGUUGCGGUUCCCUUUUAAUAAGGCACUCAACAAAAUUAUACCAGCGACAUCUGCAUGACAAAGAGAAAAAGGCUUAUAUAAUAGGACAAAAAAAGAAUGAAUCAAUAAUGUUCACCAGAAAAGAUUUUGCAAAAUUUGCUCACCAUAGACUCUAAGAAAUUCAAAAAGUAAAAGCAGCAUACUUUUCUUUUUUGAAACAAAAAAAUCUGAAAGAACCAAUAAUGCUGCAUUUUUUCAAUUUUAAUUCACACAUGAAAUAACUUUUGGUGGUCUGAUGGUCAUUGCCAAUUUUUAUUGUCUUAUAUUCAAAUGUUUCUGGGCUUUUGCCACUCAACUGAGGUGAUGUUAUUUUCCAAUUUUUGUCAAACCAAAAUGCACUAGCCUGCAAAAAAUUUCAAAGAUCUGCCACUAAAAAACCCUUUAUCAUGCCGAAGGGUUGAUGACACGUGCAACGUAAAAUUAGUUAGUUUUCCCACACAUAGAUGUCAUCACCAAAGUGUAUUGAUAAUAUUAUCAAACUAGCCAAAGGCCUCUACAUUUUAGUGCACCCAAUUACUGAAGAGCACCAUUUCAGAAAAAAAACCAAUUCCUUAUUCACUUUUGUAGAUGUCGCUCUUGUAUAUGCCUCAUAAACCCCUCUGAGAAAAAGCCUUAAACUUUUAUUCAUGAAACUUUACUAAUACUGUACCAUAUAGUGAAUUGAAGCACAGUUAAUUUGAUCAUUACAUGCGGAGAGUGAAAUAAUUUUUGGCAUCUUGAUUCUUGAUACCCCAUCAACUUGAUAGAAUUAGCCUGACAUCUACACAAACCGAAAAUACUUUUUAAAAACGCCAAAGUUUAUUAGUAUUUACUUUUGUCUCAUAUAGAUGUCGCCAAAAUGGGUCCACACAAGAAGAGUAUGGUGUGGAAAACAUUAUUGCCGUUGAUAAAUUUCUCACUUCUUUUGUCGAGCAUAAUUAUUAUAGAAAUAUCACAUGAACUAAGAGGAACCUCAAUUUCUUUCAUAUUCUUUUUAUUCAUUUGAUAAUGCUUCGGAGACGGAAACAUUUUCGGGUACCCCCAUGAAGUACGUUUAUUGUUUUUUUUUCUUUUUCAAAAUGCUUUAUUUUGAUUGCGGCUGCCUUGAAAAUAUCGAUGCUUUCGUUUUCGGUCGUCGUCCACACCGGAAACCGCAGGAUUUUCUUUCUCCAAAAUUUUAUGAAAAAAAACCCCCAACCAAGAGUCGGGGAAAACAGGAAGAUGAAAAAAAAAAAUAGCAGAGAAAAAAGCGGUAAAAAACGAGUGACUUGAGUAUAUAUCGUUAGUUUGAUGAUAUGGUGACGGAAUGGACUCGCGAAACAAAAAAAAAAAAAAAUCGUGUUUGUUCGUUGUUGACCAGCUUCGUGAGGCGUCAGGUUAUGUGAUUCCCGCCCUGCUCUCCAAACCCAGUUUCGUGUCCGCCGUAUAGAUGGCGCGGGCGUCAUUCGCCCUGCCUUUCAUUGUGUAUCUCCUUUUCCUGCAAAAAAAAAACGAAGAAGAAGGGGGAGAGAAAAGAAGAGAUAAGGAGGGGGCUUUCUUUGUGGUGUUCUGCAUUUUUUUGCUCUUUUUUUUCUGCGCUGCCAGAAGUUUUUUUUUUUUUUUUUUUUUU